CAUUUAAUAAUAUAAAAGUAGACCAUAACCUCGCCUUUUCUCAUAGGGAAUGAUACAGGAUGGUUGCUAAAUAAGUAAAGAUCGAUACCGAAAGAAUUUUUCGUAUAAAUGGAGAUAAAAAACAGUUAUCUUGGUUUUGUACGUUCGAACGAUUUCGUUGCUAUUUGCACGAUGUUUUGCAUCCGUUAUACAAUCUCUCAUGGAUAAUUUGCGUUGCAGGCCGAUUGCGUAACUCUGAUCGAAACUGGUUUCGAACCAAUAGCGUUCCUUCUUUGGAUAAACCGGAUGUGACGCAGGGUCGAGGAUUGAAAGUUGUGUCGUCAGAACGUCAAACGUUUGUUUUCUGGUCUUCGGUUGUGAAAGAAGUUUGUAUCGAGGGAGGAUUGACCGAUGCUUUUCAAGCUUUAAAAACCGUAUAAAGUUUGACGGUAAUCGGAUACGUAAAGCAAUGGACGAUAUAAUUGUGGAUAUCUAAGAAUUAUGUUUGGUAUAUCGAUCGCUUCGAGUUCAAAGUUCAAAGAUUUAAGUUCAUGUGUUGGAGAUUGUAAACGUGGCAGUCGCCCGUCUAUUAUUAUUUUUUUUAUUAAUUGUUAAGUGUGAUUUUUUUUCCUCUCUCUGUUUUUUUAAAAAUUGGUCAUCGAUGAAGAUCCGUUUAAACGGUUGAAGAUGACAGACCAAGAGCAAAAUAUUCAAUUUAAUCAACCAUGUGUGCAGUGUUCAAGAGCUUCAUUUUUAUCCAAAAUUUUUAGAAAAUGCAAGUCAUCGCCAUCAGAUAAAGAUAUUCGAAUUGUUGUGCCAAAUCAUACUACAAAUAAGAAUAUAUCUGACAGGCAGCAUCCAAACCAUGCCUAUCUUGCCAACAAAAUUAGGACAACAAGAUAUACCAUUCUUUCUUUUAUACCAAAAAAUAUUUUUGAACAAUUUCAUAGGUUUGCAAAUUUAUACUUUUUGGGUAUAGUUGUUCUUAAUUGGUUAAUUGAAGCAUUUGGUAGAGAAAUUUCUAUGGUUCCUCUUGGAUUUGUGCUUGGUGUAACAGCAGUUAAGGAUGCUUUUGAAGAUUGGAGGAGAUAUAAAUCAGAUAAAAGGGUAAACAGUUCUACAUGUAGGAUAUAUAAUAGGAAUGCUGGACGUUACGUUAAAACACUAUGGAAAAAUGUACAUGUUGGAGAUAUUGUGCAUUUAUCUUGCAAUGAGAUAAUUCCUGCAGAUAUUUUAUUGUUAAGAUCAAGUGAUCCUCAGGGACUGUGUUAUAUUGAAACUGCAAAUAUUGAUGGUGAAAGUAACUUAAAACAAAGACAAGUUAUUAGGGAUUUAACUUCUCAGAAUGCUAAUUUUCAUCCAACUGAUUUUAAUAGAAUAAUUGAAUGUGAUUCUCCUAAUAAUAAAAUAUACAAAUUUCAUGGAUGUGUAGUAUCACCAGAUGGUUGCAGAAUAGCAGUAACAAAAGAAAAUUUAGUUUUGAGAGAUUGUGUUUUAAAAAAUACUGAUUUUAUAGAAGGAAUUGUUUUAUAUGCAGGACAUGAAACGAAAGCUAUGCUUAAUAAUGGAGGUCCAAGAUAUAAAAGGAGUAAAUUGGAAAAACUAAUGAAUAAACAUAUUUUGGGCUGUAUUGGAAUUUUAGUUGUUUUAUGUUUAAUUGGUGCCAUUGGUUAUGGACUUUGGAUAAAUUCAUAUGUUAACAUCAAGCAAGUUCCAUUUAUUCCUAAUAACUAUACUAGUUCCUCUCCAGUUGCUCAGGGUGCAUAUUCUAUUUUCACUUUCAUUAUUAUUUUGCAGGUCAUUAUUCCGUUAUCUCUGUAUGUAACAAUAGAAAUCAUUAAGCUUGGACAAAUAUAUUUUAUUCAUGAAGAUGUUGAACUUUAUGAUGAAAUAUCAAAUAAAAGAGUAGAAUGCCGAGCAUUGAAUAUACCUGAAGAAUUAGGUCAAGUACAGUAUGUAUUUUCUGAUAAGACUGGUACUCUUACAGAAAAUUGUAUGAUUUUUCGUCGAUGUACUAUUGGAGGAAUAGAUUAUAACCAUCAUCCAACUAAUGUAAAAGGUUGUCACAUAUUUUUCCCCAAAUAAUAUUUUAAUUUUUGCUAUAUUUUGAUUU